AACAGAUACGUUGGAAAAAUUGUUAACGCUUAUUGAUCCUAUUCAAUCCCUUGUCAUAAAUUUUUGUAUAUUAAUUGUUGAUUUUUGCGACCUAUUGAUCAUCCAUUGUACGCAUGUUUCAUGCGGAAUAGUUGCGUCGUAACAAAGUUUAGUUAUCUUGAUUAGAACUACAACGAUUAAAAAAGCAGAUAAAGGGUUGGAUAACCUGUAUCCCGAAUAUAGCCAAAUUUUUAACAGUAUACUUCCGGAUUUUUUAACUCAUUUCUUUUUUGUAUUUUCACUACAUCAAAAUGUUUAUAAAACCAUUCAAAGUAAAAUCUAACAAUCAAUUGAAAGGAACAGAAAGGAAAAAAUUAUGCGAAGAAAUUUUAGCAGCAUAUCCGACGCUGACAGAUGAAGAAACGCAAUCGUUGAUUCCUAAAAAAGAGACGAUAAGCGUUAUGAAAAUUUUAACUUACAGUGGCCACUCAGGAAAAAUAUAUUGUGUAGCUAAAAUACCCAUGUUUUUCCAACUUGAAUCUUUGCAUCAGGCAUUAUUACCUACUAUAUUCACUUUAUGGCAUCAUCCAAAUUUGUUAAGGACUUUUACAACCUAUCCUCCAGUUGUAACAAAACUAGCUGGAGGUGCAAAUUUAAUGUUGCCUGGAGUCAGUAUCAAGGAGCCUGUAACAUUAUAUUCUUUUGGAAAAUUACAAAAGGGUACACCUGUUUCAGUAAACACAGAUGAUAAUAAGGCACCGGUUGCUGUUGGCUUUACCGCUCUUUGUAGCGAAGACAUGUACAUGUCUGGAGGACACGGAAAAUGUGUAGAAAUUAUACAUGUAAUAGGAGAUACACUUUGCCAAUUAGGGAAGCCUCCUGUAAGGCCAGACUUAGGACCACCAAAUAUUGAUACAGAUAAUGAUAAAUUGGAAAAUAUAAAUGAAAUAAGUGAGCCAAGUAAUGGUAAUAAUGAAGAAUCACUUGUUGAAAUAAUGGACGAUUUAGAAAUAAAUAAUGAUAGAGUAUCAGAGAUUGAGCCUCCUUGCGAGGAAGAAAAUAAAAUAGAGGAAUCUGAUGAAAUAAAAAAUUUAUCUACUGUUCAAGAAGAAGCAACUGUGGAUCCACUAAAGGAAAUGGACAGUUUAUUAGAAUAUUGCUUUUUAAAAGCUUGCAAAACUUCAGUAAAAUCUAAUGAUUUACCUAUGUUGACAUCCAAUUUCUUUAAAAAUCAUUUAAUAGCUGCAUGUCCACCAGAUAAAAACAUAGAUAUAAAAAAAUCUCGGUAUAAAAAGCUAUCAUUGUUUUUAGCAGAAAUGAAAGCAAAAGGUAUUAUUAACACUUCUGUAACUAAAGGUGUUGAAAGUAUAUUAUCGAUUAAGUUUAAUCAUCCUCUUAUAAAAGAACUAGUCAUUGUGGAGGAACAUACACCAAUCCAGGAGCCAGUUGUUUCUAAUGCUGCAGUUGUCUCCGAAUGUUAUAAAGUAACUGCUGAUGUUUUGCCAGUACUAUCAAAAUUCAGAUAUGAAAAAGGGGACAUUAUGAAAAGAGCUGAAAUCAGAAAAUGUUUUACUGAGUAUGUGAAAGCGGAGAAUCUUCAAGAUGGAAAGAUACUGAAAUUAAACCCGCAACUCGCAGGUAUUAUGAAAACCAAAGCGAAUGUGGAAACUGUGUUGAUGGAGGAUGGAAUAAAUAAGUUUAUUGGACGUAUGACGCAUAUGCACGAAGUCACUUUAGCUGGAAAUAAAUUGUUACACACGGGCAAAUUGGAACCUAUUGACAUGAGAGUCACCGUCCGAUCCGGUGGUAAGAAGGUUACGCUAGUAAACAAUUUAGAAACAUUUGGUAUAAAUUCUAAAGAGUUCAGCAAGGAAUGCCAGAGCAUUGGAGCGAGUGCAACAAUUACGGACGAACCAGGAAAGAAAACUCCGAGUGUUCUGGUUCAAGGGAAUCAGAUUUUAUACGUGUACAAAUUACUUACGGAAAAAUAUCAAAUAAAGAAGAAUUAUAUAAGAGGAUUAGAAUUCGCCCCAAAGAAGCAAGGUUCUCAUAAAAAAUAGGUUGCCUGUCAAAAAUUAUCACGUGAUAGAUGUGGCGUUACAUCAAAUUUUACCUCAUAAACGAUUAAAUUUUUAUUUCUUUCUGAUACGAAACUUUCCUGUUACAAGAUUAAAUUUUUACAGAAUCAUUUAAGGGUCUCUCGACUAUCAAAAAGACUAUAUGUAGUCUUCAUGAUUGAGAUACUAUGGUGAAUAAACGUUAUUUCAGCAUUCGAUUCUGCCUGCAUCAAAGCCGUCUGAUGCCGCUACAUCAAUCGGUGUUACUACUUGAUAUUUCAAUUUAGGACGUUCUUAAUUCCAAAUAUACGUAUGCUGCCACCUCAAUAUAUUUCUUUCUAGAAAUAUUUUAUAUUAGAUGUUUCACUAAUUCAUUAAUUACUAACAUUGAAUAUCGAAUACAGAAAAACUUCUAUGGAUUGUAAUUGCAAUUCGACUGAUCAAUAAAUGAAUUCGCAACGAAAUUUUAUAGUUAUUUAUCUGUCCCUAAUCUUUGAUAAACGAUCAGAACAAAAACAAAAUGAAAGAAAACUGGUGACUGGAUGAAAAAAGAAUCAGGAAUCGAAGUUUGUUAAUAUAAUUUAUUGUAUAUCGAGGUUUCAACAUGGAAAAGUACAAAUAUUGCAAUAUAGGGCCCGCGAGCUCUCCUCGGGUGGGAGGGAGGGAGGGAGGGAGGAGGGUACGAUUCACAGGAAGGAGAGACAACGCACGUUUAAGAUAUCUCGAGAAUUUUUUCUUCAUUUGUUCUGACGAAAAUGUGCUUGCUAUGCACUAAAACCGGGGAUAUGAGGUAUACAUAUGCAGAUCUUAUGUGUUUCCGCUGUAUUUUUUCUUUUCGCUUACCUGGCGAUAGGGAAAAGUCAAUGGGUUGACGAGCAAUCCACCGAUAUUUCUUUUGAGUAAAGGAAGGUUCCCUCCUCUCCACGGCCCCCGCAUAUAUUUAAUACUCGUUUUGUUCUUUUUCUUUCUGCUACCAGUACGCACGGGCGCGUUACGAUUGUGACGCGCGACGCGCACGUGCGUGUCGUGACAGUUAUUACUCUUUUUUUUUAUCAUCAUCAUUACCAUCAUCAUUAUCAUCAUCGCUAUCAUCUUCACUUUCUAUUCCUUAACUAAGCAGGCGACCUUCGACAACCAUGAUCACCCAAUUUGAUCGAUUUUCCAUCUAAUUCGUCCAUCGAAGAAACGACGAGUUCAGAAAGUAUCUUAAAGUACUUAUUUCUCAAAUUUUCCAACUUGUAAGACGAUAUUACUUUCUGAUUGGAUUGACGGGUUUUUUGGGCGGAUAUGACGCAACACUUCGGUGACUGUUUUUUAGAUUUCUCAAGAUAACGCGAAUCUUGCAUUUUUACAGUCAUACAUUCAAUAUUUAGGGGCCGCUCGUCCGCGAAGUGUUUAACUAUAUGUAGCUCUCAAAAUUUACUUUCUGGGAAAUAACUGAUCGUUUCUUAGCCGCUAUCGACGAAUUAUGGUUAAGAACAUUCGCAUUCAACAUGAAAUAUUUCAGAGCACCCUUGGUUUUUAUUUUACUAACUUCCUCUUUAAUCUCAAAAUAAAUAACUUCGUCCGAGAUUAUCAUCACAAUUAGCCAAAUCUUGAUCUUAAUCUCGAUCAACGAGCGUUAUCACGGCUGCAACGAAGUGCCUUCGUCUCAUUCUCUCCGUCUCUUUCUCACCGAAAUUUCGUUAUUAUCAUUACCAUCUCGUGUGUCUAUAUCAUUCACCCUCACUCUCUCUUUUUCUUUCCUCGUGCUCUCGUUUAGGUACAUUUCUUACUUUCAUACUCGCAUUCUCUCGGUCUCUCUCACUCUCGCUCUUUCUUAUUUCGCCUUCGGAAUUUUCAUAGUUUUUUUUAUGCAACACAUAAUGCGACUAGGUAGUACAGGUUAAUUAAUAAUUAAUAUCGUUAGUUAUACAAUAAUAACGUAUGACUAGACAAUGCAAGAUAAUAAUUAUAUCGUAAAUAGUAAUAAUCAUGGAUCGCAAUUUAUAUCAACAAUUGUGAUGGCGCGCACGUGUUCUCGAAAAUGUUUUUGUCUGUUUUAUUUUUUAAGUCAUCUUUGUGUCUUUGUUCUGUGCCACAGUGUGCGUGAAUGGUCUCUUUUUCUUGUACGUGUGGGUGCAUGUAAUCAUGUAUUUGUGUGCUAUGAUUGUACGCGGAGUUGUAGUACGUCCAAUGUAUAAUCUUUCCGUUCCUCUAUUUUGUUAGAUGUUAACGAUACAAGAGUACGUUGAAAUGUGUAUACCUCGUGUUGUUCAUGUGUAUAUGGUAUGCACCUAUGUGUGCACUGUAAUUUGUCUCGUGUAUGAUAUAGAAAAAGUACAUUAGCAAGAAUCUUGUAAAUUCGUGUAAAUAUUCAACACAUUUCUAGUUCGUUGCCCUAAAGUGACGUUGAGGCGACAACGAAGAAUGCUCGACGGAACCCAUCAGGAACGAACAUCCCAUCGUUGUUUCCUCGAGAAAUGAAUUCUGUUCCGUUAUGAGGAUAACCUGCAUGCAAAAUGCGUAUACGUAUGUUCUGCGAUGAAGGAAGUGUGUUCUAAUUUGCUCCGCUUGGCCGGUUACAUUUUAGAUCGAAUAAACCUCGAAUUUGCUAUUUGAUAAAUUAUGAUUACACGUACGCAAUGAAACUAUCAAUAUGAUACAUAGUUACAACACAUAAGUAAAUAGAAAAGGUACAUAGAUCAAACUACUUACGUAACAUCGACUUUUAAACAUGUAUGAAUAUUUAAAUGAAUGUACAUAAUUAUAAUAGUACAAUGUCACGAAAAUUAUUAUAAUAUUAUGCUAAUUUCAAUUGUAAUUCGAGGUUUUACUUGAACCUAUUAAGACGGACUUGCGUAUGCAUAUGUACGUGUAUUACGUGUUUGUGUAUGCGUAUAUGUGUUGUGUAGAGAGGAAGCUUUUUGCUCUGUACUACAUAUUAAAUCGGUAUCCCGAUUAACCUCUUAAAAAGCACGCCCAUAUAUACUUAUUGCACAACAAUAGCCGUUGCGGUGUUAUUGAGAUGCUCGAAAAAUUUCCAUGUGAGAAAUAUAUGUGUAUAAUAUAAUAUAAUGUAAAUACAAUAUAAUAUAAUGUAAUAUAAUAUAAUAUAAUAUAAUAUAAUAUAAUGUAAUGUAAUGUAUAUAUAGAUAUAUCUAACCUCCACAUAAUACUUCAAUGGGAAUUCCUACCUGUAGUUGUAUAAAUAAUACGUGUAAGUAAUAAUCAUGCGAUAAGUACACAGUAAUAUGAUAAAUGACGAUAAUUAAAUACAGAUUAUACGUAUAUAGGUUUAGAUUCCUUCGCGUUUCGCACCUAGACAAAUUGUAAAUAAAACCAUGCUCGGCCCCAUCAGAAAGUUAUACGAAGAAAGUAUAUUUCGCGAAAUGCUCGACAAACAAAUUAUCGAUUUAAUUUGAUUCGAGAGCGCUAGUCGAUUGAAAAUUCUACUCUUUAAGAGGUUAAGUGAUCUGCUGGCGCAACGUUUCUAACAGGAUCGAUCGAUCGUUGAAUCGAUAGAUCGAUUGAAUUUGGAAACAUAUCGAUGUAUCGACGUACGAUGGAUCGACGGUUAACAGUGAUUACACGGUAUCCUUCGCGGUGACGGCACCCUGUGAAAUUAAUUCUUCGAGAAAUAAUUUCGUCAGGAUCCCGAUGAUGAUCAAAGAUGCUCUUUGUUACAAAGAUAGAAAGAAAAUAUUCUCCACGACUGUCACCCACGUAAAAGCUGGAAAAGAAACCUUCUGAUCUCUAUAUUUUCCCCAAUUGUCUUCUUGAUUCUAGUCUCGAUAUGCUGCGAUCAAAGCACCAAUCGUGAUUUAACAAUGAACAAUGUUCGUGUCAUUCGCGAUCGAAAUGAUCAACGAUAUAUAUAUAUAAAGGUUAAUUCGAUUUUCUGACGUGAAACGAAAGUAACUCGCUCGCCAACGUAGAAUCACCGAAGUGGAUAAUCGAGUGUCUAGCAAUUAACGAGGUAAUUAGAAAGAGGAAGAAGCUCGGUGUUCCGAUGCUUGGUCGAUGCGUGAACGUUAGGCCUGUGCACGACCGACAGUAGUUCUAGUCCGUGCGUGAUCAGACGCAGGCCAAACUUCCUAGCAGAGAAAGUAGCAUCUCCGCGAAAAAAGAGACUUCUCUUUCUUAUUAUUUCUUUUCAUCUUUCCCUAGAAAAUUUUCUGUUUCCUAUUCGCUCGGUAAUUCGAUCGAGGACCACUCGAUCGAAAAGUAGUGUAAGUCCGUGCAAGAUCAGACAUGGACCGAAGUUUUUAGCAAAAAUGUUUUCACUUCUUAGAAGUUUUUCUACUCGUCGACUUGUCUCGAAGGUCGUUCGAUCAACGCUAGUAUAAACAGUAUCGGGUUUCGAUUUCCAAGUAUAGGUAUAUUUUGUUUGACAUUUAAUUCGAUCGAUAGUAGUGCGUAUCGUGUCUGAUCAGACGCGAUUUGAAUUUUCUAAAAUACUGUAUUCGGAAAUGAAACGACGACAGAAGAUCUUUUCUAUUUUUAAUUAUACAAUUUAUAUUUAGUUUAAACUAAGCAUUAUUAGUUUAAACAUCGCCACGUCAAUGUUCAUAAACUACCAAUCGAUCGAAAAACGAUAUUCGAGCCAAGCAAUCCUUCCACAAAUCAGUCUUACUUUAUCUAUACCCACUGAUCUCUCUCAACCCCUCCAUCCCACCCUAAACAUUUUUUUAAUAAUAAAUAAUCGCUAUACUUUUUUUUUUAUCGUAAAUCGUCCCAUCAAUAAUCGACCUAUCACGAUUCUUGCGUUCACCGCUGGGUGUGAAGCGUGUUAAUUUUUGGAAUUCCUUCUCGUCUCUUUUCUUUCUUUUUUUUUUUUUUAAUAGCUCCUCUCUGGUGAUAUUACUCGCUAUACAUAUAUCCUAUAUACGUUCGUAAAUCAUUAUCACGUACGAUUUUGUGCAGUCCGUUUUGCGGAACGUCCGAUGAUAUUACAUUUAGCUUUUACACGUAGAGUUUGUCCUUUAGCAGAGAACGUUCUUGUAGAUUUGACAGCAUUUUGUAUGGAAUCGUUCCGUAAUUACUGGAAGCAUCAGAAACUUUGGCGAGAACCAUUGAAAUUUAAUCCUUAGCCAAUGAACUUCGUCAAUGAUUUCACUUUAUCAAAAGAAAAAUAUUAUAUUAAGAUAGUACCAUUGUAUCGAAACACGGGGUUUACUUAAAUGCUCAUUCCCUCUUUUCUUACUAAGAACACGCGUUAUUUAGUCUAUUUUAUUACACGCGUAAGGAUUAAAUUUCACCUUAUAUCAGUCGAAAUUCUCGUCCAAGUAAUUCAGUCCGAUGAACGCGUAAUCAAACGGAAAGAAGUAAAGAGAAACGCGUGUCCAUCGGAAUCUCUUUGUGCAAAAAUCCUUUGGUAAAAAAGACCCUUUCUAUUUCAUUUCAAUUCGAUAUACUUUCUUCUUUCUCUCCACUAUUUUAAUAUCUUACUUGUUCUCGUCCAUUUUCUUUCCCAUUUCGACGAUCUAACGCCUAAUCGUUAUAAUCUUAUAGUAGUUUACCGUACAGUUUAUACCACCGUGUGUCACGUGUCGACCGAUAAUUUCUCACAUUUUAAUAGCCUCUUUUACUAUCAGUUACAGUUAAAUAUCGCUAUUAAUACCGUAUUAAAACCCGUCAUAAAAUACAUUACUCUAUUAUAAUUCGCAUUUUUUUACUCUUUUCCUCCUUGCCUUUUUUCCUCCUCCUUUACUGUCUCUCUCUCUCUCUCUCUCUACCUUUCUCUCUCUCUCUCUUUCACUCUUUUGUAUCGUUAGUUUCUAUUUCCAUCUCAUUCUGGUUAAACACGCUUCUAUCAGACUUUUCUCUCGGUUCGUUCAACAGUUAUUAACUUUGACGACACAGCUAGGCAUUUUCAACGAAACUCUCCGGUUGUCUCUCCCCUUGGGAACACACGUGACUCUAUAGUCGUUACCCCUAACUCGCCGAUUUCGAUUGGAAAGUCACGAAGAGAUUCGGUUUGACCCGAAUGAUCGAGAAGAACACUAGAAUACCAGAACACAUCGACGAAAGCUACGCUCUGAAAGGAACGUCGCUUAGAAGGCGUCUCCCGUAUAUCACUCAGUACUUUUGCCAUCUCUUUGGUUUCGCUGGCGCUAGAACGCGCCAAAUGCUUUAAUUCGUUCUCGGAUUAAGUGUAAUUAUAUGAGAGCAACAUGUGCCCGUUAAGUCGAAACUAAUCGAACUGAGAAAGUAUAACUUUAAUAGAGUUUAGAUGGACCAUGUUAAUACGAUUGUAUAAGAACUUUUAAUUUCCAACGAAAAAAGACGUUAACGUUAUAAGUAUUCGAACGUAAUUUUUCAUAAAACGAAACACGUUUAGAAAUUUGAUCAAUGUUCCUUUCGCUGACAAGUCGCUGAUAAUCUCUAUCAAAAUAGUUGCAAUGGUACCCGACUCGCUUGUCAAUCGAUCAACACUAUAUAUAUUGCGUAUCACUUUGUUAAUUUACACGACGAGAUCAGAUCGCACCGUAUUAAACACGAGUCGAAUAAAACAGUAGAGAAAUCGAGCGAACCAAAUCUCCUUUCUCGAUCGUCAACAAAGUAAAGGUCUUUCGGUUGGAUCGCGUGACUAAAAAAAGUGGCGGACUUGUACAGAGACGUAGAUGAAACGAGAAGGCUCAAAACAGAAGCGUGUUAUCGAGAAAAUUACAGGUGAAAAAAGUCAUGUCCGUGUCAGAUUUAAGAGCAACUUAUAUUUCCUUAAGUUACAAAAUCAUUCAUAGUUUAUGGUUUUGUCCAUUAAAACGACAAUCAAAAGACAACGGUAUUUAUUCGAGACAGAAAAUUUCGGGGGUGACGAAUAGCUUCCCUUGCGUUUUUCGUUCGUUCACUCACUCGCACUUUCUCGCACUCUCGUUACGUAUCUCUCUCUCUCUCUCUCUCUCUCUUUUUAUAUCGUUUUUUUUCUAUGUUACUUUUAUGUUUUUUUUUGCGUUAUUUUUAAUUGUGUUUUUUUUUCUUUUCGAUUCUGUUUUUGUUUCUCGUUAGAUUAGUGCCCUCCGUUCACUUACGUCUACGGUUGUUUCCCAUUAAAGCUGUAAAUGUUUAUUAUAAAGACAAUUCGUAACAGUCGGACAGAUUUUCACGUUCGGUCGUGAUCCCUUUGAAAAUCAACGAUGUUUUUGCAUUUUUUCACUUUUUUUUUUUUUUAAUUAUUUUUGUCCUUACGAACGGACCGUCAAAAUUUGUCUCUUAAAAUGGUCAACAUAUGUGUACUUCUUUUUUUAUUUGUUUAAUUGCUUUAAUCUAUUUGUUGUCGUCUCGCGUCGCGAAAUAUUUCUUGAUCUCGAUCAAGUUCACUUCAAUCUCUUAUCGAUCCGAUUGGCGUCGAAUUUCACGUAAAGUGGACAAAAACGAGACGCACGGUUUCUCGUCUUCUUUUUCUCUGUUUUUCUAAAUUUUUUGUUCCUCCGAUUUUGUUUCUUUUUUGCAUUGUUUCCACUCGAUCGAUGUGUUUCACACACGCCCUGGAGAAAAUCACUGAGAACGAUAAAUGUAUUGCACUGCGUUUAUCCUGGGUGAUAAUAAAUUUUUUUUUUUAUGAACACUUAUACAUACAACGUUAUAAUAUCGUAAUGGUAAAAUCUGGUAUUAUAAUAGUUAAUACGGAAUCACUGCGACAACUGCGAGUGUAGAAACUCGAUUCCCUCGAUCGCGUCGAGGAUCUUCUACACUGGUAAUUAUCGGUCACACGUGGAAUUAUUUUUCGAAACUAAACGCCAUUCGGAAUACUUUUCGGUAAGACUUAAAAAAAUGCACGAAAGAAGAUGGUAAGGCUAAAGGGUAUAGUACAUUUCAAUUAUAUAUUUAAAGUGAAACUAGAUCAAUUAAAAAGUAACUCGUGUCGAAUCUCUGAUCGAAAACAUGCUGCUUUUGAAAUUGAUGGAAAAGCGAAGUUCGAUCUAAAUUGAAUUAUCGAUAAAAUCAGCGUCAAGUUUCCAGAAAUGAUUCUACAAGUGUGCUGCUCACUUGGAUAACAUCUCUCCGCGAAAAAGCUCCUCUUAUCUUAAUACUGUCGAUGAAUAAACUUUCAUUCGAUUCCCUAUAGAAAUCCCUCGUCCUUUCAAUAGAAAAAGGAUAAAUGUCUUUUUGGCGGUUUCGCUCACGAGAACGCGUCCGUUCGAGAUCGAUCGUUAGAAACGCGUCUAAAUAUAAUUACGUACGAUUAUUAAUCGCGAAUUUUGUACCUCGAGGGUCUUGCCGUCUUGGAAUGUGCAAAAUUUCGACGAUCCUCGUCUACGUGAUUCAUAAAUCACCUUUUAAAUGCAACCGUAUCUUCUCUAAACACGUUCAUUGGUUAAAUCAAACACUCGGUCUAGGUUUAGCAACUGGAUCGAAAGAGACUAAAGCUAAAAAAGCGAAAAGUAGUCAACGAACGUUGAAACAUUGAACGAGAAAGCAAGCAUGGAACGAAAUAGUCGUAGACGAGAAAAGGAAGUCUUUUAUUCCGCGCCAGAGCCCUCGUACUCGGAUGGAAUGUAUCUUCGAUAUUACGAGAUCGUCGAGAUCUAACAAGCACCUCACUGUUUAAAACUUCUGUUCUCCCUCAUCUUUCCUCUUUCGAAACAACUGAAAGCUGCCUUAACUGUACCAUUAAUUUCGCAUUCUCUGUUCGCGUGAAACCAUUCUACAAUACGCUUUCGUUCGCUAGUUUUACUGUGCGCUCUUGUGCGAUGAUCGACGCCCUCGCGAAAACGCGCGAUCGAUUCUGUUUCACGAUCUAUCAACCUUUUGAUCGUCGUCUGGUUCCUUUUUAAAAUCCUACGUACGUAAACAGCGUACUUCGAUAAACGAGUUUCAUCGCUUUAGAAAUAAAUUCAGCAGGCGAAUACGAACGCUGAAUUUAUAUUUAAAUAUAAAUUUCCUCGACGAAGUACCAUCUGCGUAUUUAUACUUAUAUUUUGUACGAUAUCUUAACGUUGAUUCCUUAUCUCGCGACGGAGGAUGUUGAGAAGCGUAAAAUGACGGGAUCCAAGGCGCGAUCAAGAGGUUUGAUCCGUUCCAUUGAUUCGGACACAGUGAAUUCUUUGAGAUCUUUGAUUCUCUACAGAUCGUACCACGACGAUUAUCCUUUCGUUGCCACUAUCCCUUUAAAUAAUUUAUAUAUCGCGUUCCGGUAUGAGCAAUUGAUUUACCGACAGUCUUUCCGUCUCUCGAUUACACUUAAACACGUUGAAAUACAUGAAAAGGAAUUAAUCUAUCUUUCCCCCCUCCCAUCCCUGUUCAACCAAGCGUUAUAUCUUCGGCAAAAUAUAAAUUAUUUAAAUAGCGCAUGGAUUACGAGACUCGACCAGUUUCCUCCUACGAUCGACCAAAGUCGUUCCCCACCAGUACCGUGACAAACGUUUGAAAACGAAAAUGAAACGACAAAUAGCGAUAAUGUGACAGAAACGAUCCAUCCAAGGAUUCUUUAAAAAAAUUUCGCUAUCCUUUCAAGAAAAUCCAUCAACGAUGAGAAGGACUCGAUUCGUUCCUCGAACCACGUGUAUUUGGUUUCUUUCCUUUCUUUUGUCCUUCUUCUUCUUUCUUCCCCUCUUUUCUUUCUCUUUUUUUUCUUUUUUUCUUUUUUUUUUUUUUUUUGAGAAGUCGUCUUCGAGAGAA